CAGCGGGGGUCUGAGCGAGCCGCAGCCGAAGAAGACGCGAGCAGAGCGGGGCUCUACGGAACGAUGGCGGCGUCCAAGGUGAAGCAGGACAUGCCUCCCACCGGAGGAUACGGUCCCAUAGACUACAAGAGAAACCUGCCCCGACGAGGCCUGUCCGGGUACAGUAUGUUCGCUCUCGGGGUCGGGGUCAUGGUGUUUGGAUACUGGAGGUUGUUUCGCUGGAACCGGGAGCGCAGGCGGCUGCACAUCGAGGAGCUGGAGGCUCGCGUGGCUUUACUGCCGCUGUUUCAGGCCGAGCACGACCGCCAAAUGCUGAGGAUGCUGAGAGAGAACCUGGAGGAAGAGGCUGUGAUCAUGAAGGACGUUCCUGGAUGGAAGGUCGGGGAGAGUGUGUUUCACACAGACCGGUGGGUGUCUCCUCUCAUUGAGGAGUUGUUUAAUCUUCGUCCUCGUGAGAAGUUGCUGCGGCAGAAGUUCAGCAUGUUGUGGUCCUCGUGACUCCAGCUAUCCCAGAAUCCUCCUCUGCUGUGUUUCCAGCUUUAGAGACGUGUUGCUCUGUGAACGCUGUAAAUGUUUCUUUAUUAAAUGUGUUUUCUUUCCUCUCA